AUGCAAACACCCCUCCUUACUCUAUGGAAUUCUUGGGAUGGAAAAGAUGAAAUGGAUUGUGAUAUAUCAUUAAAUAUAUUUAAUUGUUCGUCAGAUACAAGAAUAUGUGUUACAUUAUAUACAUUACAAUUUUCAUGUAUACCACUUAAUAAAAUUAAUAAUGGAGAAGUCGAUUGUUUUGGUGGAACCGAUGAACCAAGAAUAUGUCGUAAAAAGUUUUAUGAUGCAGAGAAAUUUUACUGUAUGAAUAGUAACCCACCAGAUUGUCAUCGUGAUUAUUAUUUGUGCAAUAAUACUACAGAAUGUCCAAAUGGAGAUGAUGAACAAUUUUGUCUACAAAACAAAACAAUUUCCGAUGAUUUUUUGGAAUCGAACUAUUCUGUGUUCCACUCUAAUGUAAAGAAGUUUCUCCUUUCUUUUUUUAAAAGAAAACGUAUAGCAAACGACAAAUAUUUUCGCAUCACUGGUUUUCUUGAAAAAAAUGAAAUAGAAGAAGAUGAUGAUGGUGAUGCAUUUAUUCCAUUUGAUAAAAUCUCGUCGCCACUUAGCAAUUCUCAUUGUCAUCGUGGUCUUGAUUUACCCGUUUGGUUAAAUCAGUUAUCUAAUCAUACAUGUCUUUGUCCAUGA